AUUCCGUUUCUGUUUCAGAGAGCUGGUCCGGGCAUAGGGACUUUCGCAGAGGGUAGCCGAGCGAUCGUGGACCAUUGAUCUAGCUGUGCCCUCGAGAUGCGGUGAUGGCUCUGCUAAACAGAUUCGCGCAGCUGCCUGACAACAGUGGCACGCGGGUCUUCUCGUUCAUCGUCACCAGGAGCGUGAUACGCGACCCCGCAAGAGACGUCACCAGCAAGGAGCUCGUCUGCGGCUUCCAACGAUGGUCCGUCGCGUUCUCGCGGGGCAACAAGGUGUUGGGCGCGUACUUGGUAUGGCGUGGCCCGUCGAGGAACUUGCGGGUCUACGUGGACUUCACGUUCACCCUGCUGAACCGGCAGCACUUCUCGAUGAACGAGGGCUUCUCCGGCAAGCGGGUCAAGUUCACGUACGAGGCGCCCGCCCAGGGCAACCGGAACUACAUCUCGGUGUCGGACCUCUACAACCGGAACUUCGUCGACACGAACGGCGAGUUCCAGCUGGAGCUGGCGAUCUCGAACGUGAGGACCGUCUACAUGACCGAGCUUAAGAUGCCGAGCAGCACGUUCUCGGCCGGCAAGCCGAAGUCCUGCAAGCUGGAGACCGACUAUUUCGCGUUCGGCGGCUUCGACUGGAACUUGGUGGUCUACCCUCACGGGAACAAGGAGCCGGGGGCGAGGGAGGAGGGCUACCAGAGCCACAUCAGCGUCUAUCUGAUGAGGCUGACCGGGUUCGAUCAUCGUUGCCGGGUGCGGUACACGGUGGCCUUGGGCGAGGGCGACCGCAGGAUCGAGUCCGGUCAGAUCGAGGACCUGUCCGACGCGGAGGGCUGCAGCUUCGGAUGGCACCCGCGCUUCAGGUGGUCCGAGAUCGCGCACAAAGGCGUCGUCCGUGUGUCGCUGGAGAUGGUCGAGGCCAGAACCAUCUGCGAGGUCGCCGUUCUGGCUUGCGGCCCUCCGACAUUGCCGCCCACGCCGUGCUAUGAUCGGGACAAGCAGGCUUGGACCCUACGAGCGGACCUCCACUCCGACACCGUCAGGCUACACUUGGUCUACAAGGACAUACAUCACGUCCCACGGAAUCACUUGAGGUACGUGAGCUGGUCGGCGUACCUGCUGCAAGACGACGAGCCGAUCAGCCUGCCGGGUGCCCCGUUCAGCCGUUACUACGCCCAGGAGCAGGCGGACGAGGGUAUCAUCAUGGAGACGAACCUGGACACGAACGAGGUGAAGGAUAACCAGUCCCGUUUCCUGACGGAGAAGGGCCAGCUACGGAUCCGGCUCGAGUGGAACGAGAGCCACCUGCUGUUCCAGGCGACCUAUCACAAGUACGACGACGUGUGCCGCAUCCACAAUCUGCAAAUGCGCCGCGAGAUCGCCUCGCUGCAGGCGGACAACUACAGCCUGGAGAGGCAGCUCUUCAGCUAUCAGAAGAGCCUGGCGUACGCCCAAGCGCAGCAGCAGCAAGAGCAACAGCAGAACCAGAACCCGGCGCACCACGCCGGCCACCCAGCCCUCCUCGAGAGAUCAGCGUCGACGGACACCGAAUAUGCCUGACAAGUGGAACAGCAGAGGAACGAGCAGCAGCAGCCGGCGGUUGCCGGCGUGGCAGGCACCGGCGCCGGCGCCGGUUGCAGGCGCCAGUUGCCGGUCGUGCAGGAGAACGACAGGAGGGUGCACCAGAACCUGGUCCGGAUGAUGGACCGCCGGCUGAGCAACGUUCAGCUCCAGCAACACCUCUACGAAGCGGAGGAGGGCGGUGGCGGUGGCGGUGGUGGCGGCGGAGGUGGCCGGGGCCAGCAGUGCCAGCAAAGGUACGGGGACGGCUCGCCUAGGCAGAGUGUCGUCGUCGAGCAUCAGCAUCAUCAGGAGCAACGACGGAGCAUCGUGCAGCAGCCGAAGUCGGCGAGGUCCAGUGUGGGCAGGUCGGACAGCGCGUCGGACCGUGGGACAGACCGUUACGCCGGCUAUUAUUUGGGGUACGUCGGUCAGGCAGCGCACAAAAGACGUAGGACCACUUUCUGGGAGACCCUGACGGGUCUCGUGUGCUCAUUGGGCGCUUUGGCUUCCAGGGCUGCCAAGAUGGCCACCAGACGGGGAGAGCCACUCUGAAGAAUCGCAUACCGCGGACCAGUGGACUGGCGCGAGCCCGAGAUUCCUCGAGCCGAGGCUCACGGAACACACAGUGACCAAUUGUGAUCGUGUGACGGAGUGAAGAGCGAAGAGAAUCAAUCGCCUGUACAGAUACUACGUUUCAACACCCGAACACGCCGGCCGGCGACGGAGAGCGCGUUCCACGCGCGCCCGCGCACCGCCCCCACACACACGUCUCUCUCUCUGUCUCUAUCUAAUCUAUCUUACACACUCUCUGCGACACUGUUAAACAAUCGUCGUCCCCCGUCAUCGAGUUUCUUGACGACGACGACGACGACGACGACGACGACGAUGAUGGCCCCCUCCCACCGACCUCGUCCCGUCGACGUCCCCGGCUCGGCGACGAAGGUAGGAGUGCCGCGAGCCGUCGCGGGGUCUAUGCAUAUACAUAUAUAUAUAGAUAUAUAUAUGGUUAUGUGUGUGUGUGUAUAUAUAUAUACGUGUACGGUGGCCAGCCGAGAAGCGCGGCGAGACGAUGUUGUAUAUGUUUGCGCGUAGAGGCUACCGAGAGAGAAGCUCUCCCUACACAAACAAACAAACAAACAAAAAAAAACAACUAAGUGGAUUAUACACAAAAGGCGUUUCUUUCUUCUCGCGGGCUCGCCGGGCACUAUAUACAGGCCCGCGGGGCCAGAUUAAUACCGAUGAUCUCGACAAUACGGCGGAACGGUGGCAACGGAGAGAACAGCGAGACGAUGCGGCUGCUGGCGGAGAAAGGACGACGACGACGACGACGACGCAAUGAUGAUGAUGAUGAUGAUUGAUGAUUGAUGACGAUGAUGACGACGAUGAUGAUGAUGAUGAUGAUGAUGCAUCGUGUAUUGUCCGGGGCGACAGCCGAUUGAUCAUUUUCGUCCAUUUUAUUUGCCGAUGGAGUCCGAGGAGGUGAACCGACGGAACGUGGAUCGACGGCGACAGCUUCCCGACGACGAUCCCGCCUGAAACGGAAAGCAAAGAGACCUUGAGCCGAGAGCUGUCCGACCUCGCGAACCACGGAAGAGGGAACCAAGAUGGCUCUCCGACCGCGGUGACGAGCGAUCGUUUUCGGACGACCGACACACAGAGACACGCAUGAACACGCAUUAGGAGAAUACAUUGUAAACACCGGUUAGGAGAACCAGGAGAGAGGGUCUCGACGAUGACGGACAAAAGGGGGAGAAUAGGAGAACGACAAGGAAUCGGACGCCCCUCGUCCACCCUCGUUUUCGAUUCUACACAAUUUCAACUGAACACGGAUACGAUUAAUCUAUCUACUUGUCAAUUUACCUAAAAAAAAAAAAGAUAUAAGAAGCAGAAGAAAACAAGGAAAAAACAAAAGGCGCAAACAAAACAAAACAAAACAAGAAUAUGUACCUAUUUUCCUCUAAAGACUUUUUUCACCUAUCGUCUGCGACUUCUUUGAUAAAUAAGGGAUCCGUGGCGGCGUAGUCGCCGCCGAUGCUCGUAAAAGCAGCGUAAUUUAUCCGUAGUAGGUACACGUCCUAAAACGAGUUAAAGAACAAAAAAAAAAUGAUACGAUAAAUGAACAAAAAAAAA